UAAGCAGAGUGACUGUGUGAGAGAUUGAGAAAAUUGCUGUAGUGACAACAAGGAAGCAAGAGUAAAACAGAGAGGAAGACAGAGCACGCAAAAGACAGACAUAAUGAAGGGGGCAUCUACUUAUUCCUAACAACCCUACAGACCAAAAAAGAAAGAAAAAAAAAAUUAAUUCGACUUUGUAUGGGAGGAGUGAAAGGAAACUUUUGGAGAUCAUGGGAAGUACACAGGCACCAGACUUUCGUAAUAUCUCAGAGGGUUUUAACAUUUCUGCACCCAUGUCCUAUGCCACAAAUGAUGUAAAGAUGGUGCUGCUGGGUAUUGUCAUGUCCAUACUGGUCCUGGCCAUCGUCUUCGGCAAUGUGUUGGUGAUUACAGCCAUCGCCCGCUUCCAAAGACUCCAGAAUGUCACUAACUGCUUCAUUACAUCACUUGCAUGUGCUGAUCUGGUCAUGGGAUUGGUGGUAGUGCCCUUUGGUGCCCUUAACAUAAUCCUGAAAAAGUGGCACUUUGGCAAAUUCUGGUGUAAGUUCUGGACAGCCACCGAUGUUCUGUGCGUCACAGCCAGUAUUGAGACACUCUGUGUCAUCGCUCUGGAUCGAUACCUUGCUAUCACGUCACCCUUCCGCUACCAGUCCAUGCUGACCAAGCGCAGAGCGCGCAUUGUGGUGCUGCUGGUGUGGGUCAUCGCUGGGCUCAUUUCUUACCUACCAAUCCAUACAAAUAUCUGGGAAUCUGAGGGUCAAGAAGCAGAAAAUUGCAAGAAAAAUAUUUCCUGCUGUGAAUUCCACACUAACACUCCCUAUGCCAUCACUUCCUCCAUAAUUUCCUUCUACAUCCCACUGAUCGUUAUGGUUUUCGUCUACAGCCGUGUAUUCCAGGAGGCAAGAAAGCAGCUGAAGAAGAUUGACAAAAGUGAGGGCCGAUUCCAUGCUCAGAAAAACAGCAGGAAAAAGCAGGAGAUGACAAGCAGUGGAGAGGUCGUAAGCGGCCAAUGUGACAUGAGGAACAUCAAGAAGCCUAAGUUCUGCUUGAAAGAACACAAGGUGUUGAAGACUUUGGGCAUCAUCAUGGGCACCUUCACACUGUGUUGGCUGCCUUUCUUUGUAAUAAAUGUAGUGGUGGACAUCUAUAAGACGGACAACAUCAUCUUGUCGUCCACAAUUUUAAACUGGAUAGGCUAUGCAAACUCAGCCUUUAAUCCGUUGAUCUACUGUAGGAGUCCAGAGUUCAGGUAUGCUUUCAUGGAGAUCCUAUGCCUCAAUAGGUCACCCUACCCUUAUGUGAGGCCAACUAAUGGAUAUAUAUAUAGUGGGAUAGAUGGCAAAGUGAACACAGAGAGCGAAGCAAAGGCAGUUCAGAUGACAGUGAGCCAGCUAAUAGCAACUCAGGUAAAGAGGGAUGCAGGACUGCAGAUAAAUCUAAUGGUAACUGCAGUAAAAACAUAAUGAGUGUGUUAUAAUUCACCUUGCAAGUCCUGACUUGUUCCACUUCUUAGUAUGUCACAUAAGGACAGGUUACACCUCCUCUGGUAAGUGGGCAAGGGUGGGUGCUUGCAAAGGUUGUUUCAUGGUGGAAAUCUGGCAUAUUCAAAAUCUUCAUCUACCUCAUUUUGUAUUGUUUUCUUAUCCACCAUCACUUGCUCUAUCAGUUUAUUUUGACAAGUCCCUGAUAGCUCACUCAAAAGCUUGGGCAUUAGAACAAACAACAAAACAAACAAAAAAAAAAAACAACAACAACUAUAAAUUAAUGCUAUAAAUGCUUCUUGAUUUGGAUUUCAUUCAAAAUAAAAUAUGAAUAGAAGAUCAGGAACUACUAUGAUUGGGAAGAAUGCUAUAUGAAUAUUUGAGGUGUGGGUUUAGCACUAAAGAGACUUCCAUUUGCCCCACCUCUCUCUCAACAGAUGUCUCUGUCUCUGUCUCUUGGCAAUCAAUCCACACCCAACUGAGAAGUUGAAUUACAGUUUCUAAGAAUUGAGAAAUUCUCAUGAUCUGCUUCAAUACCAAUUUCAUAAGACUAGCGGUCUAAAAUAGAUAUUGCCUAUUUUUAGCACUUUUUUUAAACUGCUACUUUGCAUUGUUAAAUAUAAACCAUGCCAUUCACUCUCAAAGAUGCAAAGAGCAUGUGCAAACACUUCACAUUUUUACUUUCACUCUGGUAAAGCUGAUCAUUUCAGUUAUAGUUCAGUUUCAAUACAAUCCCUGCUCUGCAAUGCAAUACAAACCUGCCUUUACAUCAAAAUGUUAUCUUACACUUGCCACAGCUCUUUCAUGUUCUGUUUUGUGUCGACAUGAGUUGACAAACUGAAAAAAAGGGCUGGGUUAAAAAUGACCCAGCAUGCAAACAGCAAAUCUUGCCCCAGUAAUAAAAAAUAAAUAGGGAAAUAACCUGCAUGGUCAUAUACGUCUGUUGAAGGAUUUGCAGAACGCUAUGGUUCAUUCUUUCAGACAUGCGAUUGCUUAAGCUGAGCAUCCUUAAAUGGAAGUCACUAUAUAUAAACUCCUUCAUGCUGGUGUCUUAUACCAUUUAUGCAGUAUUUUUACAGCAUAAACAAAAAUCUAUUUCUCUCGGUUAUAACACAGAACUUCUCUGGUGGCCUUUUUUGAUUCGCCUGAUGUCAUUUCAGAUCUCUCUGCAGGCGCAGGCCAUAAGGCUGCCAGAUACUCAGUAUUUACCCUGGGAAUGUACAACAGAGCAUAAUCCAACAAGCCUCUGUGUAAAUCCAUGAGAUUCUGUGUUUAUCAAAGACAUUAUGUUACUCCCUCCCAAAAAACAUUAUCUAGAAAGAUAAAUAAAUUAGGAUGUAUCUUGUUUCAUGUCUGCAAGCAAUGAUAGGCUCAGCUAAUGCAUGCUGUGCUAAGCACACAGUCAUUUUAAUGUUCAAAUGACUGUCAUUUUAAUGCUCAAAUUUCUGAGGUAGGAGUUUAAUCUAAUGUUCCAUACACUUCAACAACCGUGUUAGUGGUUUCAAUACUUGUCAGUGUUUGUGAACUAUUAAUUUAGGUCAAGUGGCUCUCUGUUACAGUGUGGCCUGCUUAUGCUGUCAAAACUGUGAAAUUGUUUUUUGAGGAAGUGUCACCAGCACAUUUGUGGCUUCUUUGUGGUCUUGUUUCAUGCCCUAGCAACUUUUGUUGUGCACAUAACAAAACGCUUAAAAAAUAAUUCUGUGUGUUACUUUACUUGGGGAAAAAAACAUUAUUUGUUUUAUGGGAGCAAUCUUGCUGUUUUAUGGGAGCAUUGCAUUUUUUAAUGGAAUGUAUUGUAAAUAUGUCUCAGCUUUGACAUUGUUAAUGUAAUACAAGCAGUGUCAAUGUAUGUCAACUUAUUUAAAAGACCAUAUGGAUUAUUAUUAUGCUGGUCUUCUGAAGACAGCGCACUAUUUGUGAGAAUAUGCAUGUGUGGAUGUCCUUGUUCUGGAAGUGAAAGUGAAUGUGACAGCUUGGACAGAUUUGUUAACACUGCACCCUUCUGGGAGAGUUGUUCUCCACAGGGAGCUCAAUUGCCUAUGUUAAACUCUUGACCUGUAAUCUUGUGCUAAAUUGUCCUUAUAGAAAUAUUUGUGCAAUAUUUGCCAUGACUGUAGCGGUGUGGUUUACUGUUUUGUUAGAACUUUAUAUUAAUGUUGCAUUCUGUGUGGACACGUUUAUCUUUAACAAGUAAAGUGUUUACAUUCAUAAAUGUCUUUCUGUUGACAUGUUUUAGGUUUAUUGGCAUGCUAAAUGACAUGAAUUGUCAUGAAUCUAAACAAUGUUCUGGAAUUUUUUAAUCAGAUCGCUAUGCCUCCCAUUGAUGCAACACAGGAUAUCACCUUUAAAGCUCAUUAAAGAUACAAUGAGUAAUUUGUUUUCACACAUAAAAGUGUCAUACCUAGACAAAUAAUGAUAAUUUUGACAUAUAUGUUUAAAAAAGUGUACAUGCAUAAGAAAUGACGGCUUCAGUCAUAUCAGUGGUUUUAUUCGACAUAAGGGUUAUCCCUAUGGUGGCAGCUAUGUUGAGAUCACCAGCUGUAUACCACUCACUUUGGCUAUGUUUGGAAUAACAUACUGCCAUACUACUCAUAUAUAUAUAUAUAUAUAUAUAUAUAUAUAUAUAUAUAUAUAUAUAUAUAUAUGCAGAAAUAUUAAGAGUUGUAUGGUAGUGUGCUUUUCUAAACAUGCAGUAGCCUCUCGGUAACCCCCGAAGAUCGGACACAUUUGGUUCCAAAAUAAAGAAAUCAUGGGAUAAAGGGUUUUUUGAUGGUUAUUUCAAUGGCAUCUUUAACUGAAAACCUUUGCUUUUCGUGAUGCUGCUGCCACACCAAUAGGUGUCAGUGUAAAUGUCCAAGACUGUUGUAUUGACCAGUGAAACGUGAAUCAAAAUGACAUUCCUUUAAAGGAAUAGUUCACCCAAAAAUAAAAAUUUACCAUCAUGCCAUCCCAGAUGUGUAUGACUUUCUUUUUUCUGCAGAACACAAAUUAAGACUUUUAGAAGAAUAUUUCAGCUCUGUGCAUCCAUAGAAUGCAAGUUAAUGGCCAAAAUGCUGCUGCUCUAAAAAGCAUUUAAAGGCAGCAUAAAAUUAAUCCAUAAGACUCCAGUGGUUAAAUCCAUAUCUUCAGAAGUGAUAUGAUAGCAAUGGGUGAGAAACAGAUCAAUAUUUAAAUAAAUUAUUGCUAGACAUUCUUCUCCCUGCCAGUAGGGGCGUAUGCAUGAAAAUUAGAAUCACCAACAUCAUAAGAAGAAGAAUGUGAAAGUGAGCAGGAAGGAGAAUUUCUUGUAAAAAUGUACUAAAAUAUUUAUCGGUUUCUCACCCACACCUUUCAAAUUGCUUCUUAAGAUAUGGGUUUAACAACCGGAGUCAUAUGGAUUACUUUUAUGCUGACCUAUAUGAUUUUUAGAGCUUCAAAAUGUUGUCACCCAUUCACUUGCAUUGUGUGGACCAAAAGAGCUGAGAAAUUCUUCAUUUUGUGGUCUUUUGAAGAAAGAAAGUCAUACACAUACGGGAUGGCAUAAGGGUGAGUAAAUGAUGAGAGAGUUUUCAUUUUUUGGUGAACUGUACCUUUAAGUCCAUUAACUGUGCCUGUACAGCUGAAAAGUAAAGUUCUGACAGGAAAAUUUGGUGUUCCUAUUAACCUGUUAACCUAUUAACAGUUUACCAGUACAGUUUAGACAAGUUUUUUGUUGUUUGUUUGUUUUUGUUUUUUUGCUCUACACAUUUGCCUUGGAGGGUGUUUUUCACAUUUGUAAGAACAGACACAGUGUGGUCAGCCCCUCACUGAUGCAUUAAAAUGUGUUUAAAAAUGCCCUGAAUAUUGAAUAGAUUUUUAAAUCUUAAUAUCAAAACACAGGCAAAUAAAAACACUGUUUAGCUUUUAGGAGUGCUUAAUUCAUGGCAUGUGUACUUUAUAUAAUACUGUACCAGUUUGAUGUUUACUUUGAGCAACUUUCGCACAAGAUUUAUCACUGUUUUGUUGAACUCGUGAAGUAUAUUCAGCUAUACUUAUUGUUCAGUGGUAUUUAUGAAAUGCAAGUGUCAUUCUAUUUUUAUUCUGUA